ACAGGAAGUGAUUCGUUUCAUCACGUUUCAUGGCGGCAGCCAAUCAGAAUGCCUAAAAUUAUUACAAAAACAUGGAGAUAACACCAUCUACCAAUCAAAAGUAGCCUUCAGUGGAGCAUGAAAGGCUGAUGAUGUGACUUUGAAACAGCGAAGUAAAUUCAAAGAUUAGUAAUAAAUUCAUGAAGUUAAUUUGGUUUGAGCAGAAACUAUGACAUAUUUUGUAACUAAUCUACUAUUAUUUUAUGUUACCAUUCAAAUAAAUAUUUUUAUAUCGAUAAAAUGAAAUUAAAAAAUAGAUGAAAUAAACGCUUGUCUAAAGCUACGUCACGUAUGUUUGUCUACUGCGAGUCAGUGCGCAUGUCAAGUUGAAAAUUGCAAAUGGCGGCCGUUGUUAUUGUUCGUACCGAAUUAACUAUUUGUAAAUUAUAUACCAAUCUUUUUAGCGAUUUUUCUAAUGGACUGUUAUACUGAUACGAUGCUUUAACUUCUCAUAAUUCGGCGCGACACGUUUUAUGUACGUUUUUAAGUGUUUUUAGUGUUUUUUUGCUAUUUUAUGUGUGUCAUGCAAAUGGGGUAAGCUGGAAUUAUCGGAUGUCGCUUAGGUUGUUUUGGAUAGUUUCAAUAAGAAAAUGGAGUGAAGUUCUGUGACCUAAAGUGUUAAAAUGGAAACUGCAUAAAGUUUUUCAACUAUCACUCCAAUAUUAGAGUGUAGCAAGAGACGGGAGCGGCUGUAAUUUACGAAUGUUCCAUGCUGUGACUGUUCUCCCCGUACAUUUCAAAAUGGCUGCUGCUCUUCACGAUAUAUGAGCUUUGCGUCACUGGAAUAUAAUUCAGUGAAUUCGACCCGUGGUGAUAUUGUAGUGAUUCUAGUCGUGUGAUCGUCUGUGAAAAAGCGAAAAUAAGUCCCGGACAGUUUUCCGGGAGCACCUGGACCCGGACAGUAGUGGUGUGUCAUAUGUUUUUGGUGUAGAGUGGACACUGACCAUAGGAACGAUAUUGCUUUACGUCCGAGCCGGACGGUAAUGUUGCGCUUGAUUUUCCAUCAUGAUUUGGGACACAAGGGAAUAGAAAUUGUGUGGAAUUGAGCGGAAUGUGACAUUGUAUGAGAGCAUGGCAGCGGACAGCGAUGGGCUAGGCUCGGCGGGCGGCGGGUCGUGCGGCGUGGUGGUGACAUGCGAGGGCGACCUGCGCGACCCGCGGUUUCCCGCGCGCCUGCGCCGAUUGUUGCGCGAACUACGGGCGCUGCUCGCCGAGCCGCAUCCGCACACACUCAAAGUCAACAAGGUGGAGCCUUGGAACUCGGUGCGCGUAACAUUGUCGGUGCCGCGCGCGGCGGCGGCGCGGCUGCGUGCGCUGGCGGCGGCGGGCGCGCCGCAGCUGCGCGCGCUCGGCAUCCUCUCCGUGCAGCUCGACGGUGACGCCGCCGUGUCACUGCGCCUGCAACAUGGCGCCGAACUCAGGAUCAACACCGACCCUGAUGAUGCAAGUACGUCAAGAUCGCAACCAAACGCGGAACUACUAGCUGGUUUGGGCGGUAUCGGUCGCAUUCUGAGUGAGUCGGAUGGCGCGGGCAGCAGUAGUACGACGGAGACGCCGGCCGCCGCGGCGCCGCCCGACAGCUUCAAGUCCCCCAACACCGUGUGUCCCAUGGACGGCAAGAUACCACACAACAUUCCCACGCCGACCACCGACCGAUGCGAGUUCCCCUUCGGCAGUAUGACGCAAGCGAGGGUUAUACAUCGCAAGGAGAAUACCAUGGGACUGGCGGGUCCUCCAAGCAGUAUAAGGCCGCAAGCAGACGGUCCGUUCGCGCGACCGUCUACGUCAGCGUUCCCCGGCCCCCCGCCGCCAUACCCCGCGGCGUCCCCCCAGCCCCCUACGACUCCGACCACUCCUGGUCCACCCCCUACACCUCCCACGGUCGCCAUGUCCUCCCCGCUACUUGUCAACUUACUGCAAAACGAUGCAGCCGCGCCCUCUCCCAGGCCGAAGCCGCCUCAGCAUCCAGCUAAGCUAGAUCGACUUGAAGAUGGACAGGUGGAAUUAGCAGUGGGUCGUCCACCGUUCGCGGAGUACCGGACGGCACGCACUCCGGCCCCCAUGGCGGGGUCCGUGCGGUCCCCACUGGCGGGGCCCUGCACCCCGCCCGCGUCUCCCGCGCCGCGCCCCAAUCCACGGCCCCCUACAUUCGUGCGACGUGCGGCGCCUGCUGCCUACCGCGUGCAAGUGGCAGGCACGGGGGCGGGGGCCGUGGCGGGGGUCUCGGGUGGAAGAUUGCCCGGCCCAGGUUACGCGGUGUCCUUCCCCGCGCCACCGCCACCGCCCCCAUACCGGCAGGGUGGCGCGCGCCCCCCGCCCGCUCCCCCCGCGCCCCCGCCGCAGCACGCGCAGCACUCUCGGGUCACGCCUGAGGAUUUGCAGGCGCUACUGCCGCCCCCCACUGCUUCCAUGGAUCAAAAGACGCAGUCUAGCUUCCAGGAGUUCCAGAGGUAUCAACAGCAAUACAUAGCGCGGCAGCGCGCAGCGUCCCGCGCGACCUCGCAGCCCGAUUGGAACGAGCCCUACCGGGACUCACUGGCGCUGUUGGAACUCCCGGACAGCGACCUGGAACACCUCAUCGGGCCGACGCUGGGUGACGACCUCAACCUGGACGAGAGCGCAUUCUCCGCCAUCUCCGAGCUUGACGCCAGCGCCAAGCUCGACAUGUUGUUGUCCGGGAACAACGCGCACAACAACACGCCCGACUCCGUGCUCCAGGACAUCACGGGCGACCAGUACCCGAGCUCCUAUACGGAGCCGCAACGCCACGACGUGCCUUCUAAGUCGGACUCCUUUGAUGGAGCCGACACCUUCAUGCCGCCGCCUCCCGUGCCGCACCACCCUAAUAAGUUCAGAAGACAAGAGUCUGAGAAUGAGCAUCAGUCGGCGCCGAGCACGCCGUCGCCGGGGCAGCACGUGCAGUCCCCAGUGCACCAGCCGCAGCCCGCGCCGCCGCCGCAGGCGCUGCCCGCGGCCGCGCUCGCCCCGCCCUCCAUGCACGCGCCCAACGCGACACACUCGCAGACCACCGCGCAACACACACACAAUGCUCUCCACCACAACAUGCUCAACGCGGUGCAUUCCCCGCACGGCGCGCACGCGAUGGCCCAGAGCCCGCUGGGAGCGCUCGGCCUGCAGGGCGCGCACGGCCUGCAGGGCGCGCACGGCCCGCAGGGCGCGCACGCGCACAACUCCGCGCAGCACGCGCCGGCGCCGCCUCACCUGCAGAAUGCGACGGCCGCGUUCAAGUCUCCGCCCUCCAGCGCCAGCCAGGCCAUGCCUCCCCCUCUGAAGCUGCCUGUCAGGGCGACCACGUCGGUAGCGACCGCCACUGUUGGCUCGCAAGCCUCGGCGCAGGAGAUCGAGGAGCAGAGCAAACAGUAUCUCAUCAAAACCCUCAUGAGGGACGAUGAUGUACCGCCGCCGCCGAAAGAACAGGAAAAGAAAGUCGAAGAGGUGACGGUCGCCAACUGCGAAGUAAAGGAAGCAGUAGAAGCCGCACCCGAAAUGUUCGGUAUCGCGAAGUCGUCGACUACAGACGACGACCUGCGGAGACCUGACGAUGACCUCAGAAUGAGAAAUAAGCUGGUCAAGAAAGAUCGAGACGACAAACUCGCACAGAAAGGCGGAAAGCCCCGAACUGUUGGCGCUAAAGAGAAACCCGCCACGCUCAAAGACAAGAUCGUCAGAGACAACAAAUCCACCAAAGCUGCCUUAUCACGCCCUUCGCCCCUAAAGCUCCCUGCAAACGCGAUAGACGCACCCAAGUCCCCACAAACUGAGAAAGAAUCUAUCAAACUCAGGCUAAAACUCGACAAGAAUGAACCAGCAGUCCAAACAGUAUACAAAGCAGACAUCAGCUUUGUCAACCAACAAAAAGGCGACAAGCCAAUCGACGGAGAACUAAGGGUCCCGCCUCUCCAUAUAAGCCUUCGAGGGCGGAAUUCCGCCGUGAUAAAAAACUCGAAAAAGGAAAAGAAAAAGUUUGGCCCUGGUGACUUGCAUACAAAGAAGAUUAAAAUCAGGAAAUCUUCUGAAUCAGAUGACAAGUCACAUAGGAGGGACUCCGAGGAGUCUAUAGCCUCAAAAUCUAGUGAAAGCACUGAGAACAAGACUGAUGAAGAGUAUUUAAAUGCGAAAGGCAUGAAGCUCAACAAUCACUACGAGGGCGACGCCGUGAAGACAGAGAUCACGGGCGACAACAACGUCGUGUACAGAAUGAAAACUAUCUCUAAGAACGCUCACAUCGUGACCAAGUCACACGACUAUAACAAACUGAACAACAAGGUGCAGAGCUUAGACCUGAAAAUGAAGAAGAAACUAAAAAUACUCAAUGAGAGUGGGAAGUCUUCAGACAAGGAGCGGGACAAGGAAUGGAGGAAUGACACGCUGGACAAAGAAGGGAAGUACGCGCAAAACGAGGGCUACAGAGAGCCGAACAAUCACGACGCCAAGAAGAAGUUACCUACUCCUAAAACAGAAGUGAAAUGUGAUAGUGUCAAGUCAGAGGGGAAAACAGUGCAAUCAGACGUGGAUAGUGAAAGUAAAACCGGUGCUAGUGAGUUGGACAGUAGUAGGUUGAUCAAGUGUCAUAAGGACCUCGAGUGGACGCUUAGUGGCGACGUGUCCGACUCACAACACUUCGUGGAGUCGCGGCGCGUUGCCGAAGAUGACAAUAAGUUGAAACGGACAAUCGCCGAAAGUGCUAUUACCUCACCCAAUGGUCUGCUCACCUCUGAUAAGAAGAGGAAGGUCAGCCACAGUUCCUGUACAGAACCUCCGGGCUCGACAAACGUCGGCACGAUACCUACGAGCCGCGCCGAGUCUCCGCCCACGUCACCGCGCCGCAAGGACCGGCCCAAGGACAAGUCCUACUGCAAACUGGUGGCCGAGCGUGCCGCCAGACCUGAUGCAGACAAGUUUGGCAGCCGCUCCCCCGCCAGCCAAGCGCAGGGAGAGGACUCCGGCAUCGAGUCCAUGGACGCUCUGUCAGAGAAGUCCCCCAAUCAGGCCAGCCAGUCCCCGCCCGGGCCGCAGCGCAAGGAACGCCUCGACAUGCCACGCUCCACCAGCCCCGCCUCCGUGCAGCGCAUCAUCGGAGUCAUCGAGCAGGCGCCCGCCUCCGACGAACUCCUCGAGCGACUGUCGCUCGCCGCAGGACCGCCGCGGUACGAGCCCGGCCCGCCAGACAUCGACGACCUCGGCGACAUUGAGGCAGAGCUCGCCAAGAUGCACGCCGACCACGUCAACGGGGACGACGCCCCGCGCCGGCCCCCU